CGUGGGCGGAGCCGCCGUCUGAAUUCCCGCACUGGGUUUCGCGUCGCGCUUGAGAAGCGUCUCCGUCUUCCACGAGUGUGUUGGUGCAGGUGUCCGGGGGGAGGAUGAGGAAGAGGAUGAUGAUGAGGAUGAGGAUGCCAUAAGAAAGGCGGGCAGGGGCAAGAAUGAAGGGAGACGCCGGAAAGAGAACGAGAGAUAGAGAGUGAGUGAGAAAGAGAGAGAGUGAAAAAGAGAGAGAGAAAGAGAGAGAGAGAGAGAGAGAGAGAGAGAGAGAGAGAACGGGAAUAUGAUAUGAAUAACGGGAAAACGGUGCUGUGCGCAGAAAUCGACUAUGUGCAAAAUAUUGAAAGGGCCACGCUGAGCUGUUAUUUCUGGUCGGCGACAGUACUAUGAUUUGGUAUGUGGCCACUUUGAUAGCAAGCGUUUUCAGCACCAGGGGAACGACAGCUCAAGGUGUCCACGGCGUGAGAGAGGAGCCCCAGUUUGUGACGGCCCGUGCAGGAGAGAGCGUAGUUUUGGGAUGUGAUGUGAGCCACCCUCUCAACGGCCAGCAGACCCCCUAUGUGGUGGAGUGGUUCAAGUUCGGUGUGCCUAUCCCUUUUUUCAUCAACUUCCGCUUCUAUCCUCCUCAUGUGGAUCCGGAGUAUGCUGGUAGGACGAGCCUACAUGGCAAGGCGUCUCUGCAGAUCGAUCAGGUGCGCUCGGAGGACCAAGGCUGGUACGAGUGCAGGGUUCUCAUGCUGGAACAGCAUUACGACACCUUCCACAACGGCAGCUGGGUCCAUCUCACAGUCAACGCUCCCCCUACAUUCAUGGAUGUGCCACCGCAGUAUGUGGAGGCCAGGGAGGGAGGCAGCAUCACACUGACCUGCACAGCUUUUGGCAACCCCAAGCCUGUGGUCACCUGGCUGCGAGAGGGCGAGCAGUUGGCCACCAACAAAAAAUACACGGUGAGUGAUGGCAGUUUGACAGUGCAGGCCAUCACACGGGAGGACAGAGGAGCAUACAGCUGCCGUGCUCACAGCGACCAGGGAGAAGCACUUCACACCACACGCCUGCUCGUGCAAGGUCCGCCAUAUAUAGUGGCACCUCCUGAAAACAUCACCGUAAACAUUUCUCAGAAUGCGCUCUUCACAUGCCAAGCUGAGGCGUAUCCUGGCAACCUGACCUAUACCUGGUUUUGGGAGGAAGACAAUGUCUACUUCAAGAAUGAUCUGAAGCUCAGAGUGCGCAUCCUGAUCGACGGCACCCUCAUCAUCUACCGCGUGAAACCAGAGGAUGCUGGGAAAUACACCUGUAGCCCCAGUAACAGCCUGGGCAUCUCACCCUCUGCCUCAGCUUAUCUGACAGUGCAGUACCCUGCCCGUGUUCUCAACAUGCCACCGGUCAUCUAUGUCCCAAGAAAGUUGCCAGGAAUCAUACGCUGCCCAGUCGACGCCAACCCACCUGUAUUAUCUGUGAGAUGGGAAAAAGAUGGAUAUCCCUUAAGAGUUGAAAAGUACCCUGGCUGGAGCCAAAUGCCAGAUGGAAGCAUUCGGGUAGCAGAGGUGACUGAAGACUCCCUUGGCACCUACACCUGUGUGCCUUACAAUGCUCUAGGUACCAUGGGACAAUCCCCUCCGGCCACUCUGGUGCUAAAGGACCCCCCUUACUUUAACGUGAGGCCUGGUGGGGAAUACCGUCAGGAGGCCGGCAGGGAGCUUGUCAUCCCUUGUGCUGCUUCUGGAGACCCUGAGAUUCCAACCAUCACCUGGAGAAAGGUAGGAAAGCCAAGUAGAAGCAAGCACAACAUCUUACCAAGUGGCAGCUUACAGUUUGUGUCGCUGAGCAAAGAGGAUCAUGGGGAAUGGGAAUGCGUCGCUACUAACGUCGUCACAAGCAUCACUGCCAGCACAAGACUUUUUGUAAUAGGCACCAGUCCCCACGCGCCAGCCAAUGUCCGUGUCUCGGUGUCCACAACCUCAGCUAAUGUCUCUUGGGAACCCGGAUAUGAUGGUGGCUUUGAGCAGACCUUUUCGGUCUGGUAUGGCCCUGUGAAGAAGAAGACAGAUCUGGGUCCUCAUGAUUGGCUGUCCAUUCCUGUGCCCAGCUCUCAGACCUGGUUGGUGGUGCAGGGCUUGGAGCCAAAGACAGCAUAUCAGUUCAGUGUGCUGGCCCAGAACAAGCUGGGCACAGGCCCGUUCAGUGAGGUAGUCACUGUGAAUACAGUAGUGUACCCUAUAAGUACUCCGGAACCACUGGUGCUUCUUACCCCACCGCGGUGCCUCACAGCUAACCGGACACAGCAGGGUGUACUGUUGACAUGGCUUCCUCCAGCCAACCACACUUCACCCAUAGAUCGUUACAUUGUUGAGUUUCGCCUAGGAGAGAGGUGGGAAGUGCUCGACGACUUAAUUCCAACAGAUGAAACUGAGAUCAUGGCUAGAGACCUCAUUCCGGACUCAUGGUAUGAAUUCCGUGCCCUUGCAGUCAUGGAUGAUCUCAUUAGUGAAAGCAGUAAUGUAGUGGGAGUGUCAAGCACAGACCCCUUCCCUCCCACAGAGAUCUCUGACGAGGGGCUGGCAAGGCCAGUGGUGGCUGGGAUUGUGGCUACAAUUUGCUUCCUAGCCGCCGCCAUACUUUUUAGCACGCUAGCUGCGUGCUUUGUGAACAAACAGCACCGCCGCAAGCUCAAGCGCAAGCGAGAUCCCCCAUUGUCAAUAACUCACACCAGGAAAAGUAUCGAGUCUCCGCCUCCUCUUACCCCUUUGCCUGGCAUUGAGCCCUAUUGGGAAGAGCCAGACAGGAGCAGCUACAGGCCCCCAUCCACCAGUCCUCAGCUGUCCUCUGGGAAAAUCAGUCCAGAGAGCAUCGCUUCCUCCCGUCCCCCGUCUCUGGCCAGUGUAGGCACACCUGGCCUCUAUGUCAAAAAGCUGCCAAGCCCAAGAAAGGAGAAGGAGCUCUCACUGUACAAGCGAACCAAGCGAGCAAUAACAGGCAAAAAGUACAGCGUGUCAAAGCACGAGGCCGAGGUCACCACUCCCAUUGAGCUGAUCAGCCGCGGGCCAGAUGGCCGCUUCGUCAUGGAGCCAUCGGACACAGACACAUCACUGAAGCAACGGCGCAUUGAGGGCUUCCCCUUCGUAGAGGAGUCAGACCUGUACCCUGAGUUCAGACAGUCAGAUGAAGAGAAUGAUGAACCUGGCCCCCUCCCCCCUGUUAUGGCCACACUCAGGCCGCAGAUUUCGCCUGUGUCCUCAAGCCAGGAGUCCUACAUGGUGCAGCCCCCAGCCUACAGCCCCCGCUUCCACAGGCCUAUGGAAGGUACGAGCAUCUUGGAGGGUAGCGGGCUUCAGGCCACAGGGCAGAGCCGAGUGUCCCACUUUCACAGAAUCUUUCCUCCGGGCCCUUUCUAUGGCUAUGUAGGUAGUGGUGCCGAGCUGGAGCUGCAUCCUCCGUUCUACGCAGCUGAUGUGAGCCCACGCAGCUCAGCCAUGUCCUCCUCACCACCGUGCCCCACCGAGGGGUCUUUCCACCAUCCCACCAUUGCUUCUGGCCACACCCUUCCGCUGGCACAUGGCCCACCCUCCUCUCGCUCUACUGACACUUGGCGCCCUCCUGACUUCCCCUUUCUAGGUCAGGAGGGUGCCUGUGUCGUUUUGCCACCACACCCUCCUCCCCCCCAUCUCCGCCGAGACGUGCCCGAACCGCCACCCUACCCGUUGCGUAGCCACGCCCCCUCCAGCUCGGCGUUCCUGCGGCUGGAAGCGCUCCCUUCUCAGGGCCUAGCGAGCACUCAUGCAGCUAUGCAACAGGCCCAGAUCGUGGGGCAGUUGAGACACACUGCCCACGGGAUGGGCAUACCAGUGUUGCCUUACCCAGGCCGAGCAGGGAGCCCCAGCACGCUACGCAGUGAGAGCUCGGACGAGCCGUGGCUGAGCCCGAGGGCGGCACGCCGCCUGGAACUGGGCCCACAGCAGGUGGUACUGCAGCCAUCACGCCUCUCACCCCUCACUCAGACACCUCCUAGCUCUCGAGCUGGCUCGCCCGACAUCCUGGUGCGCCCGCCACCACGGCAGGGCGUCCUACGCUCCUCACGUUCACAGGAGAUACCUGAAAGCAUGCGCCACAUCACCUUCUCCCGGAGGUCUCUGUCCUCUUCCCCUGCCACUUCUCCCACCCUGGGCUCAGGCUCCAUCCGCCUGCCUGGCCUGGGCUAUGGUGCCCAUGUGGCCUUUGCCACUGCAGCAGCCAGCUAUCCGUCACAGUCCCCCUCGCCCCCAGCGGAGAGCAGUGAUGCUUUUGGUCAGCUGCCAUCACAAAGGAGGACAGACGAAGAGAUGCUGCCCUCAGAGCCCUCACCAGGGGAGCCUGUAGGUGCACCGAGAGCGCCUGCAGGGUCUGAGAGCUUCGAAACACUGUUUUGUCAUUUUAUGAAAAAAAACAAGAAAGUUGCUGCCAACAACAACAACAACUCCACAUCCAAGAAAAGAUCAGAUGUGUCUACCUCUCAGACCCAGCAGCAAUUCGCAUCUCUGGCACCACAGCAUCAACAAAAGAUCUGCUCUCCCACCAAGAAGCGGAGGGAAAAAGUACCAAGAAAAACCCCUUACCCCCUCUUAUGUUCCAUGCUGCGCUGGUCUUGCCCCAAAGAAGACCGGAAAGCCCUUUUGGCCAGUUUGAACUCCCGAACACCUCCAAACUACGGAGCUCUGCCCUGAUUGGUGGGAGAAUCGCAUACUGAUCCAUUCAUUUCAACAGUAGAUAUGCAGUCAGUAUUGAAUUUGAUUGACCUAAAGAUUUAUUCACCUUCUCCUUUGGCACAAUCUCAUCUAUACACACAUAUGUCUUCUGAAAUGUAUGUAAUAAGGUACCCAAGUAGAAGAAAUAGCAAUGAUAGAGGACAGAACAAAAAAAAAUCAUUUGAAUACAUUUAUGAUUUAUCAAAAAACAAACAAACUUGCAGACAAAUUUAGUUUUUUUCUAGAGAUUACACUCAAGAAUAAAUUAUUGUGUAUAUCGUAAAACCGUAAGUCCCUCAGAACAUCUAAUUAACACAGGGUUUAUUCUUUUCCUCCUACAGAAGAUACCUCAGUAAAAACGUAAUUUUGGCACAUACGUAUUUACAGCACUUAUGCCAUCAUUUGUGCAAAACUAGCAUUAUAAGUUCAAUGGCCUCCGUUGCCGGUAAUAUGUAUUAUUAUUUGUUCUAGUAAGAAAGCAUUGAUCCAGAGUGUGCAAAAUUGCUGUUCUUAUUUUAUUUCCUAUUAUUUCGAAGAUUUAUUCAUCAGUUUAAUAUCAAAUCAAUCAUCUGAUGCAAAGCACAGACGAUCACAGAACUUAACUGUAAGUCAGAACAAAGUCUUUGGAUCAUAAUGCAAUACUGAUCUGCUGCUAUAUCUGGAUCUGUCAUUCUAAACCUUUCUGAGGGGUCUCUUACGUGCAUCGACGUGUACUAAAUCGAUCCGCUUUAGCCCAGAUUUUCUUCAAGCGCAAUGUUAACCCAUUUUUAUUUGUUGUCUAUUCUUGAAACAGACAAUUAGUGCUAUUUUUUAAUACACUUACUGGGGACUGGACAUAGCAUACAAAACAUACUUUUGUACUUUUGGGGUAGAAAAAAAAUGUAUAGAGACUGUAAACAAACAAACAACAAAAAAAAAAUCUUUGGCAUGUUAAAGGUGACAUUAACACUAGACUGCUAGUAUUUUUUUCUCUUAAGAUAUUUAAAAGACUGCCUUUUUCAGAGGGUUUUUGAGCGACUUCAUGUUCACGCCUCAGAUUCUCUUUUGUAUACGAGAGAUGUUGGGGGGAAAACAUUCAGUUCAAAGAAAAGACCUACUAAUAUAUCAUGAUAAAUAUUACAACUCCCAUCGAUGCUCUUUUCCUCAGUGUCUCCUCGAAGUCAAACAUUUCCGAAGGUUAACGAAGUUGAAGUAUUGUAACUAUUGUACUUUGGCAACCCUUGCACAAAUGUCCGUAGAAGUCGUGAAAUGCAUUGUUAGUGUACUGUUGAACUGUUUUAAUCAAUUUGAUAGAGAUAUCAAGUAUUACCACAUAGAAUAUAUUAUAUGUACACCAAGGCAGUACUGUAAAGUAGAUAUUGUGCUGACAAAUGAAGACAACAUAUACCAAUGAGAAUUAACAUGAACCUAGUCACCGGAAACAUAACAGGCAGGUUCUCUAGAUCGCUUUAUACUUAACAAAGUGAACUACUUAAAGUAGCUUGUCCAUUUAUUUAUUUAUUUUUUAUUAGGGGGAAAAAAAUUGCAUGGAUUAUCCUCAUCUUUUGUUCUUUUUUCUAAUCCAUUUGUAAAUCUUCAUGAGGUACAAACAAAGGUAGGUGUCGUUAGCGAACUGACGCGUAUCUAAUCACGUAAAAAAAAUUGCUUUAUCACGUCUAGAGCCCACUAAUAUCCUCUGACUUACUACAUGCAUCAAGAUAAAACAUUAGCAUGUGUUGGUUCAGUAUAGUUCUAACCGAUGAUGAAUGUAUGGUUUGGCUUGAAGAGUGUUUGUUCGACUUUUUUUUUAAAGCUUGUUUUUUAAUCGAUUUUUUUUUUUAAUUAUUAUUUUUUCAAUUUUAUGGAAAAGCCCAUUGUUGAACUACUCGUUCAUCUGAACCGACUUCUUAAGAAUAAUCUCUUCUCCUUAAUAUUUUACUAACAUGUAAAAAUACAGCAUGACUCUCAACACGGAGGGGGUAAAACCGUUUCGCUCGGGAACGUUGCUGUGAUCUGCAAAAAAAAAAAAAGCACACCCUGUGUAAAGAUAUUCGUUGACAUUCUGAGAUGCUUACUGAUAUCCCAGUUACUCAAGAUCAAGAAAUAUAUUGGAUUAAAUGGUAGGAAAAAGGGAAAGUGUAGAAGUGUAGCACUGCAUAGAAGUGCUUUUCCUUUUCCUGCACAUCAGUUGGCUGAUGGACUGUACAAGUCUGUGUUUGCUUGUGGCAUACUGUAGUUUCCCCCUCUCAUACAUUAUAUGUAUCAGUAUGUAAAGCUGCUUUUCAUGUCAAGUAUAUCGGGAGUCAUUGUAGGACACCCAUUUAGUGGCCUUUAGCUGUCUAGUAAAGCUAAGGACCGUUUUUGUUUUUUUGUUGUUGUUGUUGUUGUUCUCGUUUUUUUGAGGGAUCCUACAAAACCCCCCACAUGUUUACAUUACUCAGAGAUACAGCGCGAGGACGUGGCACAUCAUCCUCAUUUUGACUUGGUGCUAUGUCUUUUUGAACUCUUGUGGUGCUGUGUUCCACACGUCAACACGACAACUCAUGUACAGUCCUCUUCGCGCCGCCGUUGUUCCUCUCACCAAGGUCUUUUAGUGAAUAGGGUUGUAAGCAAUAAUAACAUACUAACAAGACAAAAGCACUUGCAUUCUCAUUCUGUAUCACUGCAGAAAUUCGAAAACGAAAAAAAAAGGCAUGCUUAGAAAGAUUCAUUUCCAGUAACAUGUUUGGUCUCAGAUGUGAUCGAAGAAAUUUGCUUACCAGAUUUGCAUUUGUAUGACGAUUUGCAGAACGAGUUAAAAAUGUAACCAGGGUAUAAUUAAAAAAAAAUAAAAUAAAAUGUUAAAAGUCCUGUCGAGCAUGGACUAAACCUAGCAAUGCAAUCGAUAUCGAUUACAACACAGUCUGGAGAAUUCUAUCAAAUGCAGUAUUUGAUAUAAUGGUGGUUUUUACACACAUGAGUUCAACCUGUCAGUUCCGGUUUAGCCUUUCUGUACACGCUGACAGGAUUUCUUUCUUCAGACGAGGCUUGAUUGAUUGGAUUCUGUUUUUGUUUCUCCAGUACAUGCAUGGAGACCUGAGCUAAUGCAUCUCUCUUGUAGAAUAUUACUAAUGCUGUAUAUGUAGACAAACCCCCUUUUUGCUUGUUAGGAAAUAAUAGGGCUCAUGCAUACGGAUUUGUCAUAACGGCUCUUAGGUUUGCCUGUACUUUGCUUAGUGUGCUUUUUUUUUUUUUUUAAAUAAUAAUUAUUUUCUACAGUGUGAAACUCAGCCUUUUUUAUGUUGUAUCGUGAACUACUAAUUUCACAUUUGUCAGCUUUCAUUCGUUCGAAUACAUUUCGAGUGUUUCCUGCUCAUCGCUUUUCAUGUUUACCAGCACUAAGAAUCUAGAAUGUAUUACAACAUUAUGCACUAAUUUAUGACUGUUUUAAGAUUAAACCUCAUACGUUUAGAGAUCAUGCUAUUUGGAAUCUUGUGUUUUUUAUUUUUAUUUUUUAUUUUUUUAUUUCGAUUGUGUUGUAAAGAUUUUUUGUUCUUGUUGAUUUAUUUUUUUGUUGUUGUUGUUUUGUUUGUUGUUUUUUUUACAAUUUCUUUCCUGUAGACAGAUUCUGGGCUGACUUUGGCAUAUGUUUUGUCAUUUUCCUUUCCCACUUCAAAUGCAGUGUACUGAGACUGUUCACGUUUCACGCAAAAAAAAAACAAAAAAAAAAAAACCCACCAAUAAUAGACCUUUUUUCCUUGUAUCUUUCUUUUUGUAGUUGAAGGAUUGAACAAGUUCAUUCAAGUGUCAUUGGUAGGUCUGAUUUAUUUCAGGUAUUAUUCUUAAACAGUAUGGUGCUGAACCAAAGCCUUAUGUAAAAUAUUGUUCUACUGUAUUGUUUCACUCUUCUGCCACUGCUGUUAAGACAAGUGAACUUUCUCCAAGAAAAUUGGGACAUGUUGCUAGCCAAACUGACUGAUACCACUAUAAUGCAGUGUGCCUCAAAUUCCUGGUCCUUGAAUAAUACUGCGCAGUACAGUACAGACAGGGACUUUUAAAAAAGGAAAAAAAAAAUCACAUGCCCAGUAAAACAGUAGGAUUUGGUGCCUGGUGUGUCUUCUUCAUGUCUGCUGCUAGGAAUAAAUGUUAAUGGUGUCUCAUAUCUGUAUAACAUUAUCAGAAUCAUGUUGUGUGUCUCCACUAUUUAACUCUUUUGGACAAUAAGAGCAGAAUUUAAAAGUGAUUUAUCGGUAUGUCUGGGAUUAUCCGCCACGAAGGAAAAUGUUCCUGUAAUAUCUCUCUAUAUUGUCCUCGAGAUCAUGCGGUCACAUUCCAACCUGAACCACAUUAUAUCUCUAAUGUAGAAAGCCUUUCCUGAGUUUCCGAGCUUUAGGAUGUUGUGUUUCUUAGCUGUCUCAGAUGGUCCAAUUGAGCUAAUAUAAAGUGGAGCAGUUCGGAUAGCAUUGUUUACAUCACCAGAUGCCCAGAUAUGCACAUUUUAGCAGGUUAUGUUAAGUUGUCAUUUUCCGAUGCUUCGUUCCAUCUAAUAACUCUCUAAAAUUUUUGUAUUUUGAUAUAAUAAAAUACAUGAGAGUGUA